AUGCCUUUGAUUGCUAUUAUCGAUAUUGGUGCUACUCAUUCUUUUAUUGUUGUUAACUGUGUGAAAAGGCUAGGCCUUGUUGUAUCUUCUACGAGUGGAGAAAUGGUUAUCGAAACUCCUAUUAAGGGUUCAGUGACUACUACUUCAUUUUGUUUGAAUUAUCCUCCGUUGAUCUUUGAUAAAGAUUUUAGCGUUGAACUUAUUUGCUUGCCAUUGGAGAUUCUUGAUGUUACCUUGGGGAUGAACUGGUUGGAGAUCAAUCUUUUUUAUAUUAAUUGUUACAACAAGUCGGUGCAGUUUCUAACUCCUGGUGAAAAGGAAGAAGCUGGUUUCUUGCCUACUAGAGAGUUGAAGGAGCUUUUGGAAGAGGAAGCUCAAGUGUUUGCGCUGUUUGCAGCGUUAUCUGCUAAGAGUCCGGCGGUGAUUCAUGAAUUGUAG